AUGUCUCUCCCUUCUCAUUUCACCCUCAAUACCGGCGCGAAGAUCCCGACCGUGGGAUUCGGGACAUGGCAAGCCAAGCCGUUGGAGGUGGAAAAUGCCGUGGAGGUCGCGCUGAAGCAGGGCUACCGUCAUAUUGACUGCGCUGCUAUCUAUCGCAACGAAACCGAGGUCGGCAAUGGUAUUCGCAAGUCAGGCGUACCGCGGGAGGAGAUCUUCCUCACUGGCAAGCUGUGGAACACGAAGCAUGCGCCAGAAGACGUCGAGCCUGCGCUGGAUAAGACACUGAAGGACUUGGGUGUUGAAUAUCUUGAUCUCUAUCUCAUGCACUGGCCUUGCGCCUUCAAAUCCAGCGACAAAUGGUUCCCCCUCGACGACAACGGCGUAUUCCAACUAGCCGACAUUGACUACGUCACAACAUACAAGGCAAUGGAGAAGCUGCUGGACACCGGCAAAGUCCGCGCCAUCGGAGUCUCAAACUUCAACGUCCGCCGUCUCGAAGACCUUCUAAGCAGAGUCUCCGUCGUCCCGGCCGCCAACCAAAUCGAAGCCCACCCCUACCUCCAACAACCCGAGCUCCUCCGCUUCUGCCAAAGCAAAGGUAUCAUAAUCGAAGCAUACUCGCCGCUCGGAAACAACCAGACCGGCGAACCCCGCACAGUCGACGAUCCCGUGGUCCAUGAAGUAGCGGGACAACUGAACAUGGACCCUGGCCCGCUCCUGGCGAGUUGGGGCGUGCAGCGCGGAACAGUCGUCUUGUCCAAGAGUGUCACGCCCUCGCGAAUCGCGGCCAAUCUUCAAGUUCAGCAACUACCCGAUGACGCCUUUGCGACUCUUUCGGCCCUUGAGCGUCAUAAGCGGUUCAACUUCCCGGCGUUCUGGGGCUAUGAUAUCUUUGAGGAGGUUGGGGAUGAGGCUGUGCGCAAGGCUGCAUUGGAUGCUGCCCCUGUUAAUAAGACUAAGUUUACUGUUUAG